GUGGAGAAAAUCCCUGAGGCUACCUGACCUGAGAGAGAUCGAAGCAGUGUCCGGGGGGAUCUGCACCCACUCGGGGCACGAUGAACUUCACUGUCCACCACGGCAUGCACGCUUCUCUCCACUUCUGGAACCGCAGCACCUACGGACAGCACGCCAACGCCAGUGAGUCCCUUGGCAAAGGCUACUCUGAUGGAGGGUGCUAUGAGCAACUUUUUGUCUCUCCAGAGGUGUUUGUGACUCUGGGGGUCAUAAGCUUGUUGGAGAAUAUUCUGGUGAUCGUGGCAAUAGCCAAGAACAAGAAUCUGCAUUCACCCAUGUACUUUUUCAUCUGUAGCCUGGCUGUGGCUGAUAUGUUGGUGAGUGUCUCCAACGGCUCAGAAACCAUUGUCAUCACCCUGUUAAACAGCACCGAUACGGACGCACAGAGUUUCACCGUGAAUAUUGAUAAUGUCAUUGACUCGGUGAUCUGUAGCUCCUUGCUUGCAUCGAUUUGCAGCCUGCUUUCCAUUGCAGUGGACAGGUACUUUACCAUCUUUUAUGCUCUCCAGUACCAUAACAUCAUGACGGUUAGGCGGGUUGGGAUCAUCAUAAGUUGUAUCUGGGCAGCCUGCACGGUCUCGGGCAUUCUGUUCAUCAUCUACUCGGACAGCAGUGCUGUUAUCAUCUGUCUCAUCACAAUGUUCUUUACCAUGUUGGCUCUCAUGGCUUCUCUCUAUGUCCACAUGUUCCUCAUGGCCAGACUGCAUAUUAAGAGAAUCGCGGUCCUCCCGGGCACUGGCGCCAUCCGCCAAGGGGCCAACAUGAAGGGUGCAAUCACCUUGACCAUACUGAUUGGAGUCUUUGUUGUUUGCUGGGCCCCCUUCUUCCUCCACUUAAUAUUCUACAUCUCUUGUCCUCAGAACCCAUACUGUGUGUGUUUCAUGUCUCACUUUAACUUGUAUCUCAUCCUGAUCAUGUGUAACUCCAUCAUCGACCCUCUAAUUUAUGCACUCCGGAGCCAAGAACUGAGGAAAACCUUCAAAGAGAUCAUCUGCUGCUAUCCCCUAGGUGGGCUUUGUGAUUUGUCUAGCAGAUAUUAAAUGCGGACAGAGG